AUGAGUACUCAGGCCUUAAAUAAAAGCUCUGACUAUAAGCCCAAUAGAGUCUAUGGAUUACCUCAUGGUGUAGAUCGUGACCCAGAUCAGAUAAAUGUGAUGCUAUGGAAGCGUAAGCAAUACAAAAAGCGUGUAGAAAAAAAUGAGAAUAACAAGAUCAAGAAGCAAUAUAUUAAGGAAAAGGAAAAAAUAGAGCAGGGAGGAGUAAUUGCACCCACUGAAUAAGCAAAAGAAGAAUUGGAGUUGGAUCCUAAAAAGCAAGAAUUCUAUAGACUUCUUUUUAUGAAGGAUGAAGCAUCAGAGAAAGAAUAAUAAGAUUAGAAAGAUCGUCGUAGAUAAGCUAAGCUAAAUAAAAAGCUAAAGAAAGCUUAACAAGCAAAUGACAUUUAGAAUAAAGAUGAUGAGGAUGAGAAUGCUCAAUUAGAUAAUGAUGAUAAUUAAGGGCAAUAAAAUCAGAACUAACAAAAGCCAAGGAAGAAGGAGACUUUUAAUAAUGAACUAGAGAGAAUAAAGAAAUUGAAAGAAGAAUAGCUAAGAAAGAGAGAAGAAAAAGAAAAAGAGAAGAAGAAGAAAUUGCUUGAAAAAAAGAAAUAUGCUAGCAAAAUGCAGGCAAAGACUAAGACUGGCUAACCUUUGAUGAAAAAUUAGCUUUCUCAUUAUUUGCACAAAAUUGAGAAAAAAUUCUAGCAACCUAAUUAAUGA